AUGUCGAGAAUGACCACCGAGGCCAUGGGAAGAAACGCGUUCACAGAUAUCGCCCACGCUCCGCAACCUCCCCAGUUACUCCAGUCUUCUAAUGCUUCGUUACACAGCAAGAAUUCAAGUGCAUCUUCUGGAGCGAGCUCGGCCUCCAACGCAAAUAACUCCAGCGACCUUACUGCAAACAGACUGCGUAUCCAUGCCACCAUCUAUAGAAAAAGUGGUUGGGUCCAAGUGAAAGAAGAUGGUCUGAUCUCGUUCAGGUGGCCAAAGAAAUUUUUGGUGCUCAGCGAGUCGAGUCUUGAGUUCUACAAAAAUGAUGAAAAGACAGAACUAUCCAUGCGCAUUCCUUUACUUCAUAUCUCUGGAUGUUUCAAGAACCAGAUCAAGACAUUUUGUUUUGAAAUCACACAUCGGUCAAAAUCCACUUUCGUGUCAGUGAAAACAGAAAAGGAGUUGAAUAUGUGGAUUGACUGUAUUCUGGCCAAAUGUCCCAAAGAAGGGUUCUCUAAACCAAUUACAGUCACACAUGAGACCCAUGUUGGCUUUGAUCCUUCCAGUGGUCAGUUGACUGGUGUGCCCGCUAAAUGGAUGGCACUCCUCAAAGGUUCGAAUAUCACAUCUGAAGACGUUGCUGCCGAUCCGACCGCUGUCAUUGACGUUCUGAACACGUAUUCCGAGCUAGUCAGCCCUGAUCCUGGUCAAUCAGACAAGGGUUCCUCGGCAUUCAGUUCGUCGCCAUUCUCAAAUCCCAGUAUGUCUGCUUCUUCACGGCUGAUUAACGAUAUUACCAAACCAUAUUCCUCCGCAAAUGACGACAAGUAUUUGUUACCAAGAAGAGUGCCCCCUCCUCCUCCUUCGUCCUCGAGUGCAGGACCAGCGGCGUCUGGAAACGCCGCAAACACGAAGUUCGUUCCAUUAAGAAAAGCUCCGGAAGCUCCUGUGGCAAAGGUCGCACCACAGCCAAAACGCAACUCUCCACCAAAGCCGGUUGGACAGGUUCCACCAACUCCACCAACUUUCAAGAGUAAUGUCAAAAAUGCUCAUCAGCCAGCGGCUUCAGACGUGACUCCGCCAAAGAGAAUCAAUCCAAAUCUUAAACUUAACACCAAUGUUACCACUCCAGGUCAAACUGCUUACUCCACUCCAUCCUAUAAACAGCCUUCCCCUGUGAACCAUUCGCCAUUGUCUUACAAGCAUCCAUCUCCCGUGAACUACUCGCCUGCUCAACCAUACUCGCAUUCAUCGCCGCAUUCGGCCCAUCAAGUUUCGCCAGGUUCGGAGAACCAAGUUGCUGUUUCAAAGCCUUCUCCGUAUGAUAGACAAUACACAUCUCCUUAUGGUUCACAACCAGGACACUAUCGCCCCCAACAAAGGCCUGUGCAACCUCAUCAUCAACCAGUCACUCCAAAGAACAAAAUGGCGAUUGCUGCGGCCUCUACUGCGGCCAAAGAGAGUCCUUACGAACAUCCUUCAUUGGCAAAGAAGAAGCUCGCCAAUGGUUCUCCGGGACAAAAGGCUGGUGGAAGAGACAGACGUAUUUCUACAUUGUCUGAAGCGCAGGUGAUGGCCAAGCUCAGAAGUGUUGUUACCAACACAAACCCUGCACCUUACUUCCAAGUGAUUGAGAAAGCAGGACAAGGCGCAAGUGGUUCCGUUUAUCUUGCUCGUUCAUUAAAGAUGAGAAAUAGGCAAGUUGCCAUCAAACAGAUUGAUCUCAAUAAGCAGGGUAGAAAGGAGUUGAUUGUGAAUGAGAUCUUGGUGAUGAAAGACUCUCACCACGAAAACAUUGUCAAUUUCAUUGAGGCCUAUUUGAAUGGAUCUGCAGACUUGUGGGUUAUCAUGGAAUACAUGGAAGGAGGAUGUUUGACAGAUGUUAUCGACAACAAUCCUGAUAUCACUGAAGAACAGAUUUCAUCGAUAUGUUACGAGACCACGAAGGGUCUUCAGUUUUUGCAUAAAAAGAACCUGAUUCACCGUGAUAUCAAGUCGGAUAAUGUGUUGCUUGACGCGCAAGGAAAUGUUAAGAUUACAGAUUUCGGAUUCUGUGCUAAAUUGACUUCUGAGAAGUCAAAGCGUGCAACUAUGGUUGGAACUGCAUACUGGAUGGCACCUGAAGUUGUGAGACAGAAAGAAUAUAACGAGAAGGUUGACGUCUGGUCGUUAGGUAUAAUGGCAUUUGAGAUGGUUGAGGGUGAACCACCAUAUUUCAACGAGGAGCCGUUGAAAGCACUCUAUUUGAUUGUUUCUAAUGGUACCCCUACCUUGAAGAAUCCAGAUGACCUGUCGAGCGAGUUUAUGGACUUUUUGAGUGUUUGUCUUUGUGUUGAGGUUAAAUACCGUGCAACCACUGACGAGUUGCUUCAACACAGAUUUUUCAACAAGGCAUGUUCUACAUUCGAGUUGUCCAAACUUUUGCAGUUCAAGUACGAUUCCAGUUCUAUAAAACACUAA